CAGAAAUUUGCAGUUUUUUUCGCAAAUAGCUUCGUAAAUGUUUUUUGUUGUUUUCCAAAAAUUAAAUAUUAAAAAUCGAAAACAAUGGACUAUUUUCUUAGCGAGAUAUAUUAAGAUGUUAUAAUAAAUUUUUCAAAAGUAACUAAACCUUAACGUGAUGGCAGGAGAUUUAACAGCCGGGUGUGCUGCAGUUCUAAAAAAAUCAAAAUCCAAGUCAUCUGAAAAGGAAACAAAGAAUGAAAAUUACGACAAUUCAAAGCAUUCAGAAUUUCAACCACAAACAACUACUCGCGGCGGGUUGAGAGUAUACAAAAUAGUGAUUUUAGGCGAUGGUGGUGUAGGAAAAUCUGCUGUUACACUUCAGUUUGUAUCACACAGUUUUUUGGACUAUCACGAUCCAACAAUUGAGGAUUCAUACCAAAAACAAGCCGUAAUUGAUGGUGAAGCCGCUCUUUUAGAUAUAUUAGAUACUGCCGGUCAAGUAGAAUUUACUGCCAUGCGUGAUCAAUACAUGAGGUGUGGAGAAGGUUUCAUUAUUUGUUAUUCUGUAACUGAUAGACAUAGUUUCCAAGAGGCUUCAGAGUAUCGCAAAUUAAUCGCUAGAGUUCGAUUAUCGGAAGAUAUACCUUUAGUAUUAAUAGCAAACAAACUUGACUUACAUUCACAAAGAAAGAUUUCAACUGAGGAAGGUAAAAAUUUGGCAUUACAAUUUGGAUGUCCAUUUUAUGAAACCUCUGCUGCUCUUAGACAUUAUAUUGACGAUGCAUUCUAUACGUUAGUACGAGAAAUACGAAAAAAGGAAAACGCUAAAGCGUCAGGUAACAGCUCAAGCUCUGAAAAAAUUUCCCGAAGGCGCAGUAGGUGGUGGCGAAUUCGAUCUAUAUUCGCUUUAGUAUUCCGCAGGCGAAAUACUAAUUAAAUUUACUUGAUAUAUUAUUUUUGCUACAUGCAUUAUGAAUAAGUUAAUAUGGAUAUACAUUUGUUAUUGGUAAAAUUUAUCUUUUGUUGCCUUUUGUAUUAACAAAAUGUAACAAUAGUCUGCUUACUUGCAGCUUAAAACUCAAAUUAAAACAAGAAAAUAUAUAAAUUGAAAAAAGAGCUAUUAAUAUCCUUAAUUGCUAAUUUUUUUAAAUAUUUAACUAUUUAAUUAUUUAUAAAAUUUGUUAAGUUAAUUUAAAUAUGUGUAAAGAUGAAACAAAAAAUUAAAUUAUUUUUUAUUUUUUAAAAGUUUAUUAAUUUUUAUUUUAGUUGCUAAAUAUUAUUUCGAUCUGAAACUAGAAACAAUGUAUAUAAUAUAUAGCUAUUUAAGUUUGAAUUUUUUUUUAAUUAUAAAUGAACUGUGAUUAUUUUUAAAAUAUUUUUUUUGUUCCUUUUCUUACGUGUAUACUUUUAGAAAAAAAAACUAAAAUUACACUUAGUUGCAGAAUUUUAUUAUAUUAAUUUUUUAAGAAAUUGUUAUUAUAUCAACAUUUAUAAUUUAUAGGCAGGAUAUUUUUAUAUAAAUCACAUAGAAAAAAUAAUGAAUAAAAUUGUUGAAGUCGUUUUAUUAUUACAAUUAAUUAUUAAUCAUUACCAAAGAGCAAUAGUCAUUAGAAAAUAUCUGAAAAAUUUUACUAUAUUAAAAACUAGAAAAUACACAAUUUUUCUUUGUAAUAUAAAAUGAUUAACUAAAAGAAUUUGAAAAAAAAUGGAAUUGUAACAAAAAUUGAAAAAAAAAUAUUUAUUACUAAUUUACAGGGGAACAAAAAUUCUUGAAAUUCUUCUACGAGGCAUAAAAUAUUGGCGCUAUACUUUUAAUUAAAACUAUAAAUUUAACUUCAAAUUGUUGAAUUGAUUAAGUAAUUAUAAAGCAAAAACUUUAUAGACCUUGUUCUUAAAUAAACUAUUUAACAUUUUUUCAUAUUUGUAAUAUUUUCUUUCAUGUUUUAACUCAUAAAGUUUUGUUUUAUAUAAAUUUGUAUUAUAAGUGUGUAGUAAUCAAAAAAUAGAAAAUAGUCAAUAUAAUUGCAAUUGAAAUUUACAAUAACUUUACAAAUUCCAUUUCAUCGAACAUAGUAUUGAUAAAUUUAUGUACCAUUUAAUUUUUAAAAAUUUAAGAAAUGUUGUACAUAAUUGUUUUUUUAAAGCUCAAUGUUUGUAAUUAAAUUUAAAUGUAACUUUUAAGAAAACAAAACAGUAUAUUAUAUUAAAAAGAAGAGUUUAAAAUAAAAUGUUACAAAGACCAUUCCUUAAUUUUACUAAAUGUGUAAUUGUUUAGAGAAAAUAAUAAAAAGUUUAAACGUGUUCACAUGCAAUAGUAAAAAUAUUAAAUUGUUAAAAUUGUUUUUAAGUAUUGAUGAAAAUUUUUUUAUGUCGCAUAAUUUAAAAGAAAAAAAACACAAUGUUUAAAAUAUUUUAACGUACCAUUGAUAUCUAAACUGAAAACAGUAAAAAAAAUUAUGAUCGUAGAUAAUGUAAUCGAACAACAAACAAAAAUGUUAAUUGUAGCAAAUCUCCUUUAAUUUGGUCAAAUAUAUUAUUGUGAUAAAUUUCAGAAAUUAUUUUUUUCAAAAACCGCUAAAAAACCACUAAUAUGAAUAGUAUUUUAGAUUAUUAAUAAAAAAUACUAAUAUGAAUAGUAUUUUGGUAAUUUUUUAAAUAGUUAGUUUUUUUUCAAAUUGUUCGAGCUUAUGCAUUUGAAGAUAAACUUUUUAUUUUAUUACGAAUGUAUGUAUUUUCAGUCACACGAACUAAAAUCCUAAAUAUUACCAGUAUUAACUUUAAUUUAUAACAUUAUAAAAGCUAACUAUUACACUUUUUCCAAAAACAAGGAACUGUUAAACUUAUUUUGUUAUAUUUUUUGUAAAAAAUACAACUAUUAAUUUCUUUAUUAUACUUAAUACAUCUCAGACGAAACUCCAUUGUAUACUAAGUUUUACUUCAUUUCAAUUUGCUUUUAAAGAAAAAGUCGUAAAUGACUAUUCUGGGAAUAAAAUAAUUGACAAAUUUUUCUUAACAUUUACUUAGUUUAAAAAGCUAUUUCAAAUUUAUUACCGCUAAAGUUUUAUAAAUUGUUGUACGAAACUGAGGCUUAUUACCAUUCUGAUAAAGGUGAUCAAAUAGCUAUGUUCUUUAAUAUUAAUUGCUUCUUUGCCAAUUUUUCGCUGCCGCAUAUUUUAAAAACCAAAAUGAAAAUUGUGUCAUGUGCAAAUACAAAAAAAUUUGUUUCAUAAACAAAUUUAAAUGCACAAAUCUGUAAAUUGACAUCAUAAAGAUUUUAACUUUAUGUGCGUGAUUAAAACAUACGGUCAAAGCAAAUAACCUACCUUGCUUAAUUACUUACAUUGAAUUGUUAGAGUAGAAUAAAAAAAUUAAUUUAGAAUUUUGUAAUAAAAAAAAGUAAAAAUGAAACCCCAAUGAACUUAUGUGCAAUAAUUUUUUUAUCUUAAAAGACGUUAGUAAAGUUUUAAAAAUUUUAUUGAGAAAAAUACAAAAAAGAAAUUUAUUAAAUUUUAUCAUAAAUAAAUUAUAACUGAGUUUUUUUUUAUUCUUAUUUUAUUGCAAUUAAGAAAGUAAAUCCUAUCUAGCAAUUCUUCUGGCUUGAAAUGGGGUAGAAGCGUUGCUAGAUUGGAAUUACUUUCUUAGUUCCAAUAAAAUAAUAAUAAUAAAAAAAAAAUAACCGAAAUUAAAUAAAUUUUAAAUAAGUAAAGUCUGUACAUUUUGAUUUAGUUGAAAAUUAUUUGAUUGUAAUAAGGUGCCCUACUCACCCAAAAAGAAACUCCAAUUUUCUUUUUUUUUUUAAUAUUUUUUUAAAUUCAUGAAACUUAUUCUAGGGAACCAAUGUAGAAACUUAAAUGAAACAAAACGUAUUAAACUUUAUGCAUGUAAACCUUAUUGUUCAUUAAAUGUUCAUAAAAAUUUAAAAAUAACAUACAAAAAAAAUGAAUUAUAGACGUUAUGAUAAUUUAUGUAAAAUAAA